AUAAAUAAUGUUUGCAUAACCUGAGGGGCCAAAGUUAAUACUCUUUUAUACUUAGUAGACCUAAAGCCUCAUUUCCCCAACUUUCCUACUUCUUCCAGUCGCUUAAACCCAUAUUCGGGUCGCCACCGUAAAUCACCACCAUCUCCGGCACCAUUACAAACUCCGACCAAUUCUCUCAUAAGCCCUUAUUGCCGUAAAAUUCUUUAACCAUGAGGUGCUUCAAUAGAUUCAUAUCUCAUUCUCUUCUUUAUCGCCGUUCCAGAACCAUUUCCGCAUAUUAUCAAACACCUUAUCUGCAUUCCCAAAUUCCACAUUUCACCAUUCAAAGUUUCUCAACAUCAGCUCAGGAAUCAAAGCCAGCACCAUCAGAGAGAGUAUCUUCAAUAGUCAAUGAGAUUUCAGGUCUAACGUUGUUAGAAGUAUCGGAUUUAGGUGAAGUUCUAAGGAAGAAAAUGGGUAUUGAAGAGAUGCCUGUAAUGGCAAUGAUGAUGCCCGGAAUGGGAUUUAGCGCUGGAGGGAUGAAGGGAAAAGGCGGAGCAGCUGCGGGGAAGACGGAGGAGAAAGCGGAGAAGACUGUGUUUGAUUUGAAGCUUGAAGGGGGAUUUGAUGCCGGGGCGAAGAUUAAGAUUAUUAAGGAAGUGAGAUCUUUUACUGAUUUGGGACUUAAGGAAGCUAAGGAUUUGGUGGAAAAGGCUCCAACUUGUUUGAAGAAAGGGGUUACGAAAGAGGAAGCUGAGAAAAUUAUUGAGAAGAUGAAAGGGGUUGGAGCUAAAGUUAUUAUGGAGUGAGAUUCCUUGAUUGUAUUUUUGCAACAAAGUUCCGGGAGCUAACAGGUCAUGACUUUGUAACAGAAUCUGGAUUUGGUGAUGCUUCAUGUUGGGAGGUUCGUGGUUACUGAGCAUGCAUUAGCCAGCUUAAAGGGUAGCUUUUCUAUUUUGAAAAUAAAGGUCUUGAGGCUCCUAGGACAUUGUAGAGCUAUUUGGUUGAACUGAUAUCUUAAGUGGAUUCACAUUGUUAUAGGUUCGAUAGGUUGUGAGCUGAAAAGACUGGUAUAUUUUGCAACCAUGGGUUAGUUUCUAAUUUCAGAAAGAUCAAAUUUGUACUCUUUCAAUUCUUUAGGCUCCAGUUGGUUUAAGAUUGUGAUGACAAUGUUGACAUACAUAGUGACAAAGCUGGACGAUGACAAUGUUGACAUACAUAGUGACAAAGCUGGACUUAUCCGAUUUUAAUUCGCA